AUAAACAUGUUACAAAGGCGUUUGCUUUCAGUACUUGAGGAGAUUCUAAAUAAUUGGAAACAUCACGUUGCUAAUAACACAUUUAGUAAUAAAAAUAAUUAAAAGAAAAAUAAGUCGAUGUAAUGAAAUAGAAUUCAUCUAAAAAGGUCUCGCUAUUGUAAUGAGAUAUAGACGAUUAAUAGCUCGCGUCUCAAGUGUAACGUUAAAUUUGCCUCAAUAGGAAAAAGUACACAUGUGAGUCGGUCUUUAUCGUACGACUGAACAGAAAGCAGAUGGCGAUGCGAUCGCUCGAAUGGGCCAAUGUUUUUGUGAAAUGCAUCAUGGAUCCAUGAAAGCCAGCCGUCGAGAUGCCGCAAAGGUUUCUGGGUAUGCAGAGGGAGCCAUAUUUUUCCAAUAUCAGUUACGCGAAAACACAGCGUACGGGUAGCAUCUGCGGGAUGGAAUUUUUAUCGAGUGCCCGCGACAAAGCAGUUUUUCGCGUGUAAAGACGUGCGCGUGUCGCGUACGAGGUGCAAGAUAGCCACGCGCCAGUGUUUAUCGGCGAUAUUCGUGGCUUUCUCCGCGAUUGAGAAGUGAGGUUCGGUGAAAACGGGAGCGCGGCCCGCGCAGGUGUUCGACUCGAAGGGGGUUAGUUAACUUAACCCGAGUUCCUACGACGACGAGGAGGUUGGUGGUGGUGCUGGUGGAAGUGGUGGUGCGACGAUGACACCGAUGUCAUAACACGACACUCGUCCGUCCGUGCGUUUUACACGCGAGUCUUACCGCGCGCGUCAUUUUACAAGCGAUUUUAAAAGCGGUGUAACAACACGAUUUACUACGAUCGCAUAAAACAACGCUCGGUCUCUUUUUCUCUAUCUCUUUCUCUUCUGUCUAUCUCUUUCUUUCUCUAACUCUCUCUCUCUCUCUCUCUCUCUCUUUUUCUCUCUGUCUCUCUCUAUACGCGACAUAUACGCGUAUACGCCCGAGCGAUAUAUCCUUGCUCUACCUUUCUACCUCCCGCUCCGUACUUACGUCUUUACCUUGUUCCUUCCUUCGUGCAUUAACAAACGCGACGAGAUGACAUCGACCUCGUGAUUCAAUUAACCGAUUUCGCGGUACUGCUGUUUAUUGUAACAACAUAACCGUAACACGAGAUCGAAUCGGCGUAUUUCUCAGUGACAGUGUGUGAUGUGUCGCUGCACGUCGAUGACAUAACGAGUAGGCGACAAAACGACAACUCGACAUUCGCAAUUGUCAUUCGGCUGUGACAGUGUCUCUUGUGCUGGCCUCCUUUUGUGGUCCAGUGUUGCUCCUGUGGCGAGCAUCGUGUGGCAUACUAGUCCUUGUUCCUACAGGACUCGAUUAUCUUCGUUUGACGUAGUGCGGUGUUAGAUUGGAACGUGGCGGCACUAACAUCGUCAUGAGUACAACGUUGUAAAACGCAUUAUUAUCAUCCUCGAAUUUCUUUCGAGUAUCUCAAGUGUAUUGGUGAUUGCUGCUACAUCGUAACGUCUGCUGCUGUUAUUACUACCGGUGCUGGUCGGGCUUAAUCGAGUGCCGUGCAUCGUGUUAAAUUAUCCUCGUGUGUGAUGUCAACGGGAUUCGUUAUUCGCGGACCAGUUUGUACAUAUGCAUCAAAUGCGCAAUUCAGAGGAUGCCGCACGGGCUAGAGGAGCGUCGGAGGCGUGCGCUGUGUGUACCAGUGAUGUCGGUGGCGCGGCGCCCUGCACUGCUGGACCUGGACCAUGGCCGGCAAGUCUGAGCAGUCAACCUCUCACCCUGCUCCCCCGAAUCACAACCAUCAUCAUCCGCAGCCGGCGCAAGGCAUCCAGCAGAACAGCGUUCUAGUCUACGUGUCGGGGGAGAACUUCGCGUACGCGACUGCGAUCGGUCAGAAUGCCGCGACGUCUGAAUAUCAGUCUCAGCAACAACCGUCCCAAACCCAACAUCAGCAGCAGCAGCAGCAACAACAACAACAGCAGCAGCAGCAGCAGCAACAGCAACAGACCCCACAACAGCAAACAGCGUACAGCGGUAUACUGCAACAGGAUACCGGGUUAGCCUUCUCUACGAAGACCUACGCCACUGGUAACGCUGACUGUACCGCUAACGUCACCGCUAACGUCAAUCGCGCUCUCGUCAAGUCUUUGGAGUUCUCGGCGAGCAACCCAAGCACUCCUGGUCGUGCGAGUGAUGGCACCACGCGUACCCGAAUCUACGAGGAUGUCGAGAACACCGGGUUCGGAACGAUCGUUACAGGCAGUAACGGUGUUCUUUAUCGUCAGACGUCUCUGACAAACGGUCAGGCGACUCUCGGGACUCUCACAAGUUGCCAUACCAAGGAUGGCAAGAGUCCUGCUCCUCAGAGUGACGUGGAGGGCCUCGCUGCUAACGACGCCGGUACGUCGCGAGUGAACGCCGCCCUGGAUGCUUUAGGAAAGGGCUUUCCCAUGAGGGCGCCGCAGAGACUCGCCGGUGAAGCGUCCUGUCCGACAGCAGCGUAUCCGGUGGCACGGAUGCCCGAGGCAUACUCACCGGUUAACAGGAUAGCUCUGGCGCCGUCUAAUGCACCGGCGGAUGGUUGCGUCGGGAUCCUCGACGAGAACGCGAGGAUAACCUUCGUUCAGCAAACCGGUGAGACCUGCACGACUACCCUUAGCGCCGGACUCUACUCCGGGAAUCCCGUUGAGAUACACGGGGCUAGUGUCAAGUGCGAGGCAACGAACGCUGUGAAUCAUCAGGUGCAGGACAUUAUUGAUGUUCAACAAGGCUCCGGGUCCGUUACUCGUUGCGACUCUGUACGUUCCGAUACCGCGGAGUCGAGCUACAGUAGUCUCAGCAGUCCUGACAGUCAGAAUCACUCGCAGGACACGAGCUCGUCUGGUAGCGUGUGCGCGCAGCAGGCUGCGCGAUUCCUGCCGCAAAGCAACCUGCAGCAUAAUGUUGUGUUAACUAUGAACGGUAGUGCGGUUACGCAGCAACAGCAACAGCACCAGCAGCAGAGGCAGCAGCAACAACAUCAACAGCAACAGCAGCCAUCGAUAUCAGUUCCGCAUGGAUGGAAGAGGAUAUGUACCAACGGAGUCAUCAUAUAUAUCAGUCCAAGCAGUACAGCGCUGGGUUCGCUGGAUCAGCUGAAGGAGUACCUGACGACAGCGGGGACCUGCAAGUGCGGUCUCGAGUGUCCGCUUAGGCCUGAUCAGGUCUUCAACUUCGACCCCAAGGUAGCGACGCGGCCUUGGAGCCCGGAUCAGGGCAAGACAAGAGAGAUGACCAAGCUGUGCAACCAUAAGAGGAAACUCCUGUUGCCGACGGCGGCCGCCAGUCCUGUAGCCUCUUGUACGCCAGCAGUAUCUUCGUCAACCCUCUCGAUCCUGCCACCACCUCCUACGAUUCAGGCGACCCCCGACUCGCCAACCUCCACCGACAAGACCAAAAAAGACGGCCUCAAUAAGAAGAAGAAGAGGAAGCUGGCAAGUGUAGGUGGUCUCUAUUCUGGUGUUUCGGUUUCUCAACUUCUUGCCCAGCGAGAACGAGCCCUCGCAGCAGCUGCAGCCACUGGAGUUCAAGGUUCCCCAAUAUCGAACGGACCUCAGGUUUGGCCGAUCGCCAUCCCGAAUUUGCAAGUCCAGCAAAACAGCCAACAGAUCAAUCACCAGUCUCUGAAUUCUCCCUCGCAGAGUCACGAGAGUAACGGGGUCGUUGGACGAAAUGCCCAGCACAGGUUGGGUCAGCAUAACAUGACUGGGAUGGUAAUGGGAAAUCCGUUGAUCAUGAAUCAGCAGGGUACAAAUCUUAGCAACAUGACUCAGCAGCAACAGCAGCUACUUCAGCAGCAACACCAGCAACUAAUAUUACAACAGCAGCAGCAACAACAACAGCAGCUAAUGCAACAACACAUAUCCCAACAGCAGCAACACCAACAACAGCAGCAGCAGCAGCAGCUGCUACAUCACCAGCAGAUGCAGCAUAUGCAGAUCUUACAUCAACAGCAUCAACAGCAGCAACAACAGGAGCAGCAUCCAAACGUAGUGACUAAUCAGAUGACGCAACAACAGGCAUCGCCCUAUUUGAAUCAACUGAAUCAACAGUCCCUGCACAUGAUGCAACAGCAGCAACCGCAUAUAAAUCAACAGCAGCAAAUGCAACAACAACUUCACCUUCAACAGAUUCAAAAGCACAAUAUGAAUCUGCAACAGCAACAACAACAGCACGUGGGCCAAGAGUCUGAGCAACAAAUAUCCGCAAAUUAUAACUCGCAACAUCCAACCGAAUCAUUUGUACAUCACAUGCCACCUAUGCAAAAUUCUUCGCAACCCUCUAUUCAUCCUCAACUGCACCAACUUCAUCAACAUCAGAUGCAGCAGAUGCAACACCAGCAACAAUCGAAUCAGCAUAUUAUGCAAACCCAAAAACCCGAGCACUUUCAGAUGCAAAUACAACAGCAACAGCAGCAGCAACAGAUUUCUCAGUCAUGCGCUCAGACACAGUAUCCUAAUCAAGCUAUAGCUCAGCACACUAUGGAUGUUAUGCAACACUCGAAUGGUGUAUCUGUAAUGGCUGGAAUAAAUCCUGCCGACGUUCCAAAUAGACAGAAUCGUACACCGUCCAUCGGUGAAGAGGAUCUGAAUACCAAGCAGCUGCAACAUCAACAACAGCAACAAUUGCACCAGCACAAUCAUACAAUGCAACGACAUCAUGUAAUACAAAAUGGAAAUUUGCCGAAUAAUUCGCACGACAACAUGCAGCGAAUAUACACUCAGCAUCAAAUGCAAUAUCCUGUGAGAAAUUUCGAUCCCACAAAAGCGCCGAAUUUGGAAACGAAGCUCGGGCACCAACAGUACACUCCGGUGAGUCAUUUAGGUCGUAGUCCGAACAGUAAUCACACUGUAGAUGCUCAGCCUGGAAUGGGACCAAAUGGGCAGCCUGGUAAUAUGCAUUUUAAUGCAAGAGCUCCGCCGUGGCAGCAGACUAGAACGAUUGCGGCAUCGCAUCAAUCUCCUCCGGUGACCAUGCAGAGCAUCACUUGCAAUACCUUUGAUCGGGUACCACCUCUGCAUCAUCACAUUCCACCAGCCUCUGCCUGGACAGACGAAGUGGCUAGGAAAAAAGCUAAAACGAGUAAGGUCAUGGUUAAGAAACAAAGGCAACACAGUAUGGUGGAGAUAAGAAAUAAUGGCCUCGAUCAGUCGAUAUUGAGUCCUGGUGAUGAAUUCAAUGAGAAGAAUCAGUCCAGUAAUCAUAUUGGCUCUACUGUCAGUAAUACCAGUCCAUCCUUCCUUGAAGAUCCGAGUGGGUAUCUUGCACAGCAGACUGCUCUUCUAAAUAGCACGAUAUCAAGGCAGACGGGGGUCAGCAGUUCGCAGGUCACUAUUCUAAAUAGCUCGAAAGUCUCUCAGACAACACAUGGCGUCCACGUGCCUAAUAACGUUUAUCUUCCACAACCAAAGCCUUCCUCUAUCGCGAACCCAACUAAUACCUCCGUUACGAAUUCGGUCAAGAAUCACGCAACUUCUCCUGUGGUGGUUCACAGUAGUAUGACACCGACUUCGGCUAACAGCGUAACCCUUCCCGAGCACAGUCCUUGCCAGGGUUGCGUCUCCAGUGUCGAUACGCAGUCCUACAUCCAGGAUCAGUACAAGCACCAGAUGCACAGGCAGUACUCGACGCAUUCCGAUCAGCGUGAUGAUCCCGUUACCUCGUCUACCUUCGGCGAGAGGUUCCCAACGAGUCAACAAAUUGACUCAAGGCCAAUUCAGGGCGGUACCGUGAGCACAAGUCAUGGUUCUCCAGUGGGUACGAAUAGUCCAGCGAAUUCAGAUACACCAGCUUCCUCGACUUCCGGGAUUUCGCAACCAGCAACGCCGCAGAGUAUGAUCUCUUCGCAGCCUUCGACGCCGCAUAGUUACUCCCAACCACCUACGCCUCAUUCUCAUCCUACGUCAGGACAGAUACCUCCUCAACCAUUGACACCGCAGAGUCAACAACCCUCACAAUCCUCCAUGAGUGGCAAUGGUUCUGAGCAACCGGCGGCAACACCGCCACCAUGUCCUACGACAACACCCUCAAGCAGUUUACCCCCAAGUACUUCUCCUUCGCAGAUUGUAGUUUCCUCUGCACAAAUAAUAGAGAAUGAAAAUGGAAAUGGACAUUCAAAGAGAAAUACUAAUGGUCGGCAAUCUAAUCUAGAAGGCUAUCAGCCUCAUCCACACACUAUAAAUGCUGUGUCCAGAGUACCAUUGAUAUCGUACAGUAGACCGUCAUCAGUCAUUACAACUAUGGCUAGUGGUCAUACUGUCAGUAGCAACACAAUCACCUCCGUAUUGGCUGGAAGAACUAAUACAGCGACUGUCUCUAUAAACACACCAUCCGUUAUACCAAAUCCUGCUAUACCUAAUAUACUUACCAACAAGUCUCAUCUCCAAACGCAAUCAACCGUGUCUACGAGCGUACCCUGUACAACCAACACCAUGCAUCAUGCCAGCUCAUCACCCAUUACUCAUAGCCAAUCGUCAACGAUGAGCGUGUCCAAAUCGCCUCUCGAAAUGGUCCAAAGUGUAGUGAGUAGCAUACAAGUACCACAGGCGAGUUCUAGCUCACCAGCUCAUCCUCAUGCGCAUCAUCAGCAACAUCAUCAGUCGAAUGUUCAGGUUCAUAACGUUAUAACGUCUGGUGGAAUAUUGAAACAUUCGUCAGGAUCUGGAUUACCACCUGGACAUAUUUUGGUAUCUAGCGGUGGUCAGCUAAUAAUGGCUAGCACUGGCUCGGGGAUCAGCGGGGUGAUGGCACCUCCACCGCCGAAAAUUAUUUCAAAUGCCAGUUCCAUGCCACCCCUUUCUGUUUCACCUAUGGUUACCAGUGUGACCGGGGCUGUUAGUCAGGUUAUUCCAGCAGUUGGUGUGGCGCAGCAAGUAAUCGGACAACCAACAGUUUUGGUAAACACCAUUCAAACUCCUGUGCUUAUUCAGCCUGGCGUUAUGACCAUGGAUGGUAUUAGCCAAAACGUUCAGAUACCUCAUCUCACAGUGGCGACUGGUAACGUCAUACAAAAUGCCCAAUCGAUUUUGGACGCGAACCAAGACGUGACUAGAAACGUUAAUACGAAUUCGAAUAUAGUGAACCGGCAGCCUGCGUUAUUAUCUCCAGAAUCUGGCGUAAAUAAGAAGAAGGCGUAUAAAAAGCGGAAGAGCAAUUCUCAAACAGUGGCGUCGAUGCUCCACAUUGCUUCCUCUCAACAGAACACUGGGAUGCUUAUGCAGUCUCAAUCGAAUUUCGCUCAGCAGAAUUUUCAGACGCAAAGUCUUGGCGGACCAAUGCUUCAAGCGCUGACGAUUGUUCCUGGAAAGGGUGGAGCACCUGCUCAACUGGUUAUGAAUGGUCAGACCGGUGCAACGUCCACGCAGUUCAAUGCUCAACAAAUCAUCACAAAUUCUCAACCUACACAACAGAUAAAUCUACUGCAGCCUGUUAAUUUGUUAAAUGGUACCACUGGAAUGGUACAGAACUUCCCCACUAUUCAGCAAUUCAUCGUACCUGGAAUAGGUAGCAUGGUGAUGUCAGCAGACGGUACAGCAACCCUUUUGCAAGAUACGGGCAACAUUGGAAUGCAACUGCAGAUACAGAAUGUUAAUGGUCAGAACGUAUUGACGCCAGUUCAGAGUCACAGUGGUAUAUUCAGCCCAAGUCAGAGUAUUUUGGCUGCUGGACCAGCAGGCAUGGUCAUCCGUGCACCCCAGACAACCGGUGGAAAAAUAAUUCAACAACACAGUCCUGGAGCUCAGUUCCUCUCGCCAAACAGUGGUCAAUUUCUCGUGAAUGGUACAACCUCAUUUGGCAAUCAGUUGAGUCCAAUAGUAGCGAACGUCAGUCCCAAUCAACAGGUAACCUUCAAUACCAGUCAGGUACGUCCACAAAAUAUUCAAGGCCAACAAGAGUUCAUUCAGAUGAAUGGCCAGACGUUGAUGGUACCCUGUGCCACUACACAGAACAUUGCAGUCUCCACUGCUUCAAAUCAACAGAACACAACAUUCGUUCAGCAGAAUACAACGAUUGUACAACAACAGACCACGAUGGUGUCAAAUAAUCAGAUACCAAACUUUCAAUCGGCUGCUUCAAAUAAUGGAAAUCGUGUAGAUCCCACUUUGAAUCUCGAUCACAAUCAAUCCUACAUCCUGAGCAGUGGUAUGAUCCAAGGGAAGUCACCUUCGUCUCCAAAGAGUAGUGUUAAUUCCCCAUCAUCCGAGCAAAAUGUUGAGCAACAACAGUACCUCCUAGCAAGCAGUAGUACCACCGUUGUCGAGAAGACAUCUCAGCAAACUGGGCAGCAUAGUCCCUUGAUGGUCAGACAUUCUGUGUCUACCCAGACGGCUGGCAAUCAGGCAAAUGUGGCUCAAUCCACAUUGAUGAGGCAAGGUUCACCACCGGACACAACUACUCUCAGUCCUGGUAACAGUCAACGAUCUAAUAGUCCUGCAGUGGAUACUACUACCCAUGGAGCUGCCUCACCGGCACCCUCGAUAACCGCCAGACAUCAUUCGUCCUCGACGCCGAUGGUUCAUUGCGUCUCAAGCAGCGAGCCAGACUCGGGCGAGGCUCAAGUGACGGCUGAGGAUUGGCGAAUCCAUGGGAUAACCGCCAAGGAGUUAGCACUUGGACAACCGGCUAUCCGCGGAAAGACUUACGUCGAAUCUACUGUCACAACUGGGAUCCAGAUCUAUACGUCAGAGACGUUGAAGCAAGCCGAGGGUGUGGUGAGCUCGGUGAGGUACGAGGGCAGGGAUCAUGCCCUCGGCCGGGGGAUCAAGCGAAAGCUGGACUCCAUCCAUUCCAUGCAUUCGACCCUGCAUGAAGACCAGGAUGUAUCCGAGGAUCAAUCUGAUGCCGGAAACUCGUGGAAACUCGAAGUCGGUGAACUAGUGUGGGGCGCAGCUCGGGGUAAUCCGGCCUGGCCAGGCAAAGUCGAGUCUCUGGGUCCCCCGGGCAGCUUGACCGUCUGGGUGCGUUGGUAUGGGGGCGGUCGCGGUCUCACCCAGGUCGAUGCCAAGACACUCAAGUCCCUCUCCGACGGUCUCGAGGCACACCACCGUGCCCGAAAAAAGUUUAGGAAAAGUCGUAAAUUAAAUAUGCAAUUGGAGAACGCUAUACAAGAGGCGAUGGCCGAGCUGGACAGAAUGAGCGAAUCUCAAUCGGCCGCCAGAAUCGCCACGGAGAAAUGCAACGGACAGGCUGCUGCGACAGGUACGACGAGAAACUCAUCGUCUAGGACUACGACGAGCAUCACAUCCAAAUCUACUGGAAGCACCAGAUCAGAAACCAAGAGACUCUCUAAGAGAAGCGAAACGGCGAAAACCGAACGUAAAUCGAAUCGGUGAUAAAACGUAGCGUCGAUCAAUUUUUGACUUUAUCGAUCGUGUUACGUUACAUGGUGCACGAAAGAUGGUACACAGUACACCUAUAAUAACUAUUUAUAUAUAUAUAUAUAUAAUGAUUAAAUAUAUAUAUAAAUACAGAUAUGCAAAUAUAUAUAAAUAUAAUUAUAAAUAUACAAUAGAAUUUGUAUGUAACGCGUUUUGUGAUAACGCAAUUGAAUUAUUGUACAUAGUUUUUUCGCCUGAUGGUGUUUAUAAGUGAGAGAAUUCCGUUUUCUUUUUGCAUAAUGGAGAAUAAAUAAAAGAGAAUACUCACGGCGACUUGAUACGAACGCGAAACAUAAAUUAUCGGUUAACGAGUGUGGAAGGUACACACGGUGAUAUUAGCAUCCUGAUAAAUGGCGACCAAGUUCCAUAUAGACUUUUUUCACGCAGCGAGAGUCCUUCCUCUUACGAUUUUUCCACCGUCGGUAGUCUUGUACAUUGUUUAUAACGUGCACAAAUACGCGCAUAAUCGGGUUAAAUCAUACAGAUCGUACAGUGCGCAGGGCGUUGAGACGAUAAUAGAGAUUUUUGAAAAAUUUCUUUAUCUUUUGCCGAUUUUAUUUUUGCAUUGUGCGUCAACAAUGUCGUGUUUGCGAAAGAUCCUAGACAGUGGAGAUGCAAAUAAUUGAUUGAUAACCCCUUCACGCAUAAUCAUUCGUAAAAUAUGUGUAAAUAUACGCAUUACACUACAUUGUACGUAGGAUACGUAUUACAAUAGUUGUGAAAUAAUAUUUUUGUCAAAAUAUCGACCGGGAGUACCUAUUUCAUGGGGAUGAAUGAAAAUAAAAUUUUUUUUUACAAGUUUACAUACUAUAAUACAUAUAUCAAUUUUGUCGAAGAACCAAUGUACAGCUGUAUUACGAUUCUGUCAGAUUUAUAAAUUUUCUGACUUUGUUUACUACCGAAUAUUGUUUUCCACGAGUAUGCGUAUUGGGAUAUGAGAAUUAGCACGGUUUGUUUUCGAUUGUUCAUUAACGCGUGUACUUAUGAAAAUGUACGAAAAAAUUUGUGAACAUUGAAACUUCGGCAAUGAGUAAAAUUUUGAAUAAUUUUAGGCCAUACGUACCGAAGUACAUUUUGAUAAUAUUAAAAACAGAAAGGACCCAUGGCUCGUUCUUGUAGCCAAAUAUUUCGUGGGAAAAGAAAAAGUAUGUAAGCUUAAUAUAAUUUCUUAAAAAUUCUAAUUCCACCCACGUCCUCGACAAUUGUACGUGACGAUUAAUUGUUAAAUACGAAACAAUCAAGCAAACUAUUCGCUUCCUUCGAUAUUCCAUAGAACGACCACAAAAUAUUUCUGCAGGACGUAAGAAUGAGAAGGCUGUCGUUAAAUAAAUUUCGAAAAUUGUGAGAUAGAAGUUUUUCAAAAUAACCGGACCGUGACCUUACAAUUUAAUUUUAUAAUUUAUUAAUACAGGGCAGUCCCACUUGCCCCGUGUCUAGUAAAUAAUUCGUGUUAUCUCCAUGGAACUUUUCAUUGAUUAACGGGUGUUUUUAGCACCUUGGUUUAUAUCAACGCACGAAAGACAAUAAAGGAGAUACAAGUAUCAAAAGAGUCACGCGAUACAAGAUGGAAAAAUAACGAUUUUCGAUUCAUGAUACGUCAUCAGCUUAGACAUGAUUCUUGAAUCGAGCAUCGUUCUGCCAAUGACUGUCGCAUUAGCUGCACUGGCUAUACACUAUAAAAGAAGUGCAAAACGGGUUCAUAAAGAUUUCAUAAAGCGUCCACGCGGCUGGUUUAAUAAAUCGUGUGACGUUGUAUACUUUAGCUAUACCUAUAUGAAAAAAAAAUCAAAAGCUCGCAACCAGCAAGACUUUCAACAGCGAGCCACGAGUUAUUAUUUUCCGUAUAAUUUUUCAAUUACGCUGCUAAGAACAAACGUAAUCGACCAUGUGAAUACGUAUUUGUUACGUACGUACGCAUGUAGGGAUCUUUUUUUAUACGACCGUUGGCCUCUCUGCUUCUCUCUGUAUUACAAAAAAGUUCACAUAUCAAUGGCAACGCCAACGCGUGUUUAGAGGCAUUUCGAAAUUCAGUAAUUACAUUUUCGAUUUGCUAAUUACAAAACGAAAAGUUCCCAACAGAUUUGUACUAUUAAAAAAAAAAGAACGAAACAUGCAAAACGAAAACAAUGACUUUCGAUAGAAGCAUAGAAAUUAAAGAAUACCUGUAAAAUCUAUUUUUUUCUUUAAAAACCAACAUUUCUAAAUAGCAGAGAAUCGUAGGCAGAGGUAUCGAUGAGUUUCAAAAUGAUUUUACACGCGCUUUCAUUUUUUUCUUUGCUUGAUGCAAGCAAACAAAAAAUAAAACAGAAGAGAACUAAAUAAUCAGUAAAAACAUGUACCUCAGUGACAGCUACGCCAGAAUCAAACGUCUUAAAUUCGAGUAUAUACUGUAGUAACGUUACCUAUGUAUAUUUUCCGUACUGUAAAUAAAGUACAUACGCAAUUACCGAAUAGCCACAUUGUACGAUUACCGUCGAUGUAUUAUUUAGUAUUUAUGCCAGGUAAUUCACCAGCAAAAGGGAAAUGUUCGCCGGAAACAAAUGUAUCUAUGAUUGUGUGAUAACGGGCACCGGACCACAGUACUCCCAAAGCAUAUACGAAAGUGGAAGCGUGUAUUAAAAAAAAAAAGAAAGAAAAAGAAAAAAACAAAAACGUGAGAAAGCUUGAAUAAUGGAAUUCAAAAGGGCACUAACCUAACCUAACAAAAUUUUCAUAUUCAAAUUCAAGACUUAGUACCACAAACGUAUAUCUGAUAGGAGUCAGCCCAUAGUGUGAACUAAACGAAAAAACAUUUGCCUGUACAAUUGUAUAAUUGUAUUACUAAUAACAAGAUGACGUACUAUACGUUUCCGCGAUAUUGCCCUAAUCUCAAGGAGGUACUAAUGUAAGUAGGAUUAUUCGAAUUACGGGGUAAUUUGGGUGUUUGAUAACGAGAGUAAAAUCAUAGGUGAAUUUUCAACGGCUGAAGUUGACGGGUGAAAAGUAAUAAAAGAAAGUGUUGGAUGUGUGCGCGUUACUUUCUCAUAUUUUAACUCGGUUUUUAUUUCAGGCAUAUAUUGUAAAGGGAUUUCAAAUAGGAUGUGAGAUACGUGGGGUGUCACGGAUUUUGAAAGAGUCAUGUCCGAGUAUGUACUGGAAAGAAGAGUUUUCUUUGGAAAAAUAUGAUGUAACAAUAUGACACAGGUUACUCGUAGCGUGUGCGUAUUUUACAGUGAUUGCUUUACUUAGUAAUAAUGGGAACGUGACGAAUGCACUUUAGUGUAAAAUAUAUAUAUGAUAAAGAUAACAACCCCUUAUACAUAUGAUACCAACUAUCAGUGGUAUAAUAAUAAGAGAUGAUAAUUUUAUAUUUACAGAUAGAACGUUAAAUCUAAAUGAGUGUAUCAUACUAUUGUACUAUGAAAAGUUUCCCUGACCCUGAUUCCCUAUAAUAGGUAAAUUAGCGAAGCUACCUUAUUUAAUAUUUGGCAUAAUAUUUAUAUACAUACAUAAAAGAUAGAACGUAAAGGUAAAGAAAUAGACUGGGCGCUGCGGAUGUCACCAGCCCUGAGAAAAAAGUAUGAAGCUAUGUGAUCUACUACUACUAGUAGCUUUUAGCUGUAAAGACUUAUACUUUAUUUUGUAAAUUUUGUUUAUACAAUGUUUGAUCGUUCACGCAUAAUACUAUUGUAUGUGAAAAUAAGUUAAUAAAACAUUAACAUAUGAAGUUACACGCA